ACCCUAGCUACUCGGCUCCAUAUUUUCCUGUAAAGUCCAAGGUUAACUCUAACCAGGAAGGCUGGGCAGCUGCUGGCGUCCAAGAUUUCCCCAGGUGGCAGCAACUGGAAGAAAGGAAUCUCCCUCUUUAAGCACAGGUGCAGUCUGAGGAUUUACCAGUCCUUCACUGAGGGCCAGCUGCGUUUAUUCUGAAGCAUGCAAGAGAACACUGACCAGCCACCGUCGCUGUCCCAACUCCUGAGAGAGAGCUACCUGGCAGAGGCCAGAGCUCAGCAGCGCCACAGCGAGAUGAGCCGCUCUGACGCUUCGUCCACACGACUUCACAUCUAUGGCUCGCUCAAAAGCAGGUCUGAGGACUCUGUGGGCCAUAAUGACCCCCAACUGCCAGACCUCUCGGCGUUCCUCAGCCAGGAGGAGCUGGAUGAGAGUGUGAACCUGGCUCGCCAGGCCAUCGGACAUGAGCAGCAUGAGGGGAGGGCAGAGGUCAAGGCCUCUGUUACACCAUUGACCCCAUCCAACAUCUCGUCAGUCUCAGUUUCUUCCACUCCAACAUCUUCUCUUCCCUUCAUGAACCCCUCUCCUGCUCCCUUUUCUGCCCCCUCCACUGUGGCUGCCUUCACAAAGCCAAGCCCAGAGCUCAAAGAAAAGCAGGCAACACACACAGCAGUCAUACCAGACAGAAAGAUGCUUAAAGACACCACACGACAGGACAACAUGAUCAGCAACAGCACAGACUCCAGUGAAGGAUUCAAUGACUUUAACAGGUCAGACAGGAACCCCCCGUUCGGUCUGGAGACCCAGUCCAAGAAGGAGUUUCUCAACAAGGCAGCAGACUUCAUUGAGGAGCUCUCAUCUCUAUUCAAGGCCAACAGCUCGAAACGUGUUCGACCCAGAUCAUGCAAAGCUCACAGGAGUAGAGUCCAGAACAAAACUCAGAUGGACGGGAUGGCUCUUCCCCUCAGCUCUGACAACAGAGAGCGUUCUGUCCUUCCCAUGGAAGUGGAGGAAGAGGAAAGACACAGCGUUUCUGCUAGCCACCAACCAGAGGUCCAACUGGACUCUGGGACUGGGCAUGUGGAGCUUCAGGACGGUAGGAUUACAGAGGAGCAGAAGUACAACCGUGUUUCUCGGGAGGUGCAGGAGGAGACUGAAAGCUGUGCCUUGACAGACACUCCCUACCUGACAGAGUCUGCGUGUGAGCCUCCUCAUUUCAUCCAGAAACUGAAAAGCAGGGAGGUUUCAGAGGGAAGCAAGGUUCAGCUCGACUGCAUCGUGAGGGGACUCCCUACACCUGAAGUCCGGUGGUUUUGUGAGGGCAAAGAGUUGGAGAACAGCCCUGACAUUCAGAUCAUCACCAACGGAGAGCUGCACUCUCUGAUCAUCACUGACGCUUUUGAGGAGGACACUGGACGCUACUCUUGCUUUGCAUCAAAUUUUUAUGGCACUGACUCCACGUCAGCUGAGAUCUACGUCGAAGGUGGUGCUUCCUCUUCAGACUCCGAGGGAGAGCAGCACUCAGAACAUGUAGCCCAGCUGCAGGGGAAAAGCCAAAAUUCAGCUCCAACUUUAUCUCCAUUUUCAAACCAUAGCUGCUCAGAAGAGGAGGAAGAGAUUCUGUCAACCCAAACUGCAGGAGCCACAGAGGAACCGACAGAGGAGCUCUCCUCACCUUCAACUCAUCAACCCCUUCUACUGGUCCAGACAACAACCUCUGUGCUCUCUGUCCCAGAGCUCUCCAAACCAUCACUGGUGCCAUCCGCAGCACAGCCUGCUCAGGAGGACGCAACACUAUUUCAUUCUUUGCCCCAAGACGAUACAGAAAUUUCAGAAGCUGUGGAAGCAUCAGCAUCUGCUCCAGUCACAUCCACAUCCCUGCACACAGAUACAGCCACAGCCUCACCUCUGCCCUUUAACCCUGUGGUUUCAUCUGUGCUGUCUGUCCAUGCAACUCCGACACGAACACAAGAACCUGAGAGUCGAUCCUCCAACCACAAUUACCUACAAGGAUUAAAGGAGGAACCUAUAAUGGCAGCCCCUUUGUUCACAAAGAACCUGCACGACCUCUUUGUGUCAGAGGGCCAGCUGGUGGUGCUAGAGUGCCGCGUAAAAGGCGCACCAUCACCUCGAGUGGACUGGUACAGAGAGGGGAAAACCAUUGAGGACUGUCCUGAAUUCAGGAUCCUGCAGAAAAAACCGAGAUCUCCAGCUGAAUCAGAGGAAAUAUGCACUUUGGUCAUCGCUGAGGUUCUUCCCGAAGAUUCUGGGAUGUUUACUUGUACAGCAAGCAACAGCUGUGGAACCGUGUCCAGCUCUGCAGCACUGAGGGUCAGAGGCAGUGGCAGAAACAACAACCACACAAGGCCUGAGUCCAGUCAAAUCCAAGAGACUUUCACAUCAACUCCUGAUGUAAACCCACAAACAGAAGUUACUGUGACCAACAACAUCAAGCCUCGCUCUAGCACCAUUCGUCUCGACCCACUCGUCUCUAACACUUUACGCCUGGACCCUUUAAACACCAGCACCCUUCGUCUGGAUCCCCACAGCUCCAGCAUGCUGCGACAGGACCACCUUCACACCAGCUUAUCUGGUCUGGAACCUUCCAGCCUGAGCAGCAGCAUCAGCAGCAGCUCCUACCUCAACUCUCACAGCACCAGCACCCCAAAUUUAGACCCUCUCCACCUCUGCCAGGACAGUCGGAGCAGUGGACCAUGGAGCAGCCCACAGGUGCUCUCAAACGCAAAAGUUGCCAAUGCUCUAUCUGCAAAUGAGGCCUCACCUGAGCAAGGAGUUCCCAGACCUGUGGCAACAUCAUCUGACACAAGUCCUAAAGUUAAGGGGGCUCCAAACCAUCAGAACGGGAGCCCCGUUGUUGUACCCCUCCCUGAUCCUCCUCCUAACUCCUGCCUCAAGACAGGUACCCUGACAAAUCAUAAAGACUCACGCUCCAGCUCCAGAGUCGGUCUGCGUGUGCACUUUAAACUGCCCGAGGAUGAGGAGGAUGAACAAAGUGACACAUCCACUCAGUGUGAUGAAGAUAUGACUCAGGGUUCAGCCAACAAAGAACCACCACCAGUGCUGGCCAAACCCAAACUGGACCCUGCACAGCUCCAGAUUCUCCACAACCAAGUCCUCAUGGAGCAGCAGCAGCUAGAGACUGAACCUCAGACCCAAACCCAAACCCAAACCCAGCCUCCGUCUCAACCCUCAUUCCAGACCCAGACCCGUCCUGAGACCCAGAGCUCCCAUGAGGGUCUGCUCUGGUCACCCAGAGUGUUGCGUGAAACCCAUCCACCACCUUUCCAGCCCCACCUUCCCACUACAAGUCCCCCUCAGCAAACACCCUAUGCUGCUCCUCCCUUUACCACCACCCCACAUACAUCCACACUGAGCUCUGCUCCAACAUUCAACACCACAUUUUCACCUCAUCACAACACUUCUGCUGCUCCCCCUUCAACCGCAAACUCACAGACUCCCUCACUGACCUUUGCUCCGUCUUUUAGCACCACCUUUUCACCUCCACUCAACACUGUUCCUACUUUCAGCUCUGCCCCUCCCUUUAUUCCCCAGCUAAAUACCUCCCCACUGGUGACCUCGCGUCCACCUGCCCCACAGCUGAACACAGCUCCUCCUCUCAGUACAGCCACUAAAACCCAGACAAACACCAUCCAUGCCUCCCACCUCAACCUGUCUCCUCUUGCUAAAACUGCACCACCUCCUCAGUUCUCCUCUCCUCCUGCACCAAAACUUAUCACGGUCCACACAGAAUCAACCUCGGCCACAGAGCAGAUCACCUCUCCUGCACCUCUGCUGAGAAGCACCCACGCCUCCCUCAUGAACCUCACAGCCACCUCCUACACCUUCAACUACACCCGGCCCAGAGAGUUCAUAGCAGCUCAAACCUUCUCACCGGUUAGGAGUCCUUCCCCAACUGAAUCCCCGGUGCCCCUCCUCCAAGAGCUGGCUGCUGAGCUUAACUCCUCUGCAGCCAGCUCCCCUACUCUCCCACCAUUUUCACCUCCACCCAGGAUCCUCCCCACAAGGGUGCUACAGUCUCCUACAAGCCCUCCUUCACUUGUGUCCUCACCCACACCAGGGUCAGCGCAGUUCCUGAACAGCACGUUUGCCAUACGAGCCCAGUCGCCUCCACAGGCUUCAUCUCCCACCUCCAGCAGCUCCACCCCCAGCCCCAUUCAAAACCCAGUGGCCUUCCUGAGCUCUGUGCUGCCGUCUCUGAUGCUGAGUCAUCCCACAAACUCCAUGGGUUUGCCGAAGGGAGCUCCAUCAGGGUUACAAAAGAAGGCCCCCAAGGUGCGACUCCCAUCAGCUGAGGACAUUCGAGGGAGCAGAGAAAUUCUCCUCCACGACAUCGAGAGAAAGCUUCGAGUUAAUGACAACACUCCACAGUUUGCACAUCAACAGAAGCUGAAUUAUGAGGGGAAAACAGCGAGCAGACCCCUUGGACCAAACAUUCCUGCUACUGUCUUUAACUAUGAUGAGGAGUACAAAGUGUCCAAUUUUGAGCAGAGGCUAAUGAGCGAGAUAGAAUUUCGUUUGGAGAGAACACCAGUGGAGGAGUCGGAUGACGAGGUGCAGCACGACGACAUCCCCUCAGGAAGAUGCAUCGCGCCCAUAUUUGAUAAGAAACUGAAGAACUACAAGGCCGUGGAAGGCGUGCCUGUCACUUUCACAUGUAAAGUCGUGGGAAUCCCUCUUCCAAAGGUUUACUGGUUCAAGGAUGGCAAGCAGAUCUUGAGGAAGAACAUCCAUUACAAGAAGAUCAGAGAAGGGGACGGGACCUGUGCUCUACACAUAGAGUCUACAACCAGUGAUGAUGAUGGCAACUACACCAUCAUGGCAGCUAAUCCACAGGGACGAAUUAGCUGCUCCGGUCAUUUGAUUGUCCAGACAGGACCGCCCCGAAAUCGACUGACACCUAUUCACUCUCAGAGGGUGCGAGCUCGCAUUCAGCAAGUUGAGAGUGAGCAAACAGAGGAGCGCUUUUUCCAACCUCACUUCCUCCAGGCUCCAGGAGACAUGAUGGCUCACGAGGGAAGACUGUGCAGACUAGACUGUAAGGUCAGUGGACUUCCAAAUCCAGAGCUCAUGUGGUUGGUCAACGGGAGGCCAAUCUAUCCAGACCUUUACCACAAGUUGCUGGUGCGGGAGAAUGGCAUCCAUUCCCUUGUCAUCGACCCUCUGACGCAGAGAGACGGCGGCACGUACACCUGCAUCGCAAGCAACAAAGCAGGACAGAGCUCCUUUAGUCUAGAGUUGAAAGUUGUGGAGAAAGAGACGAAGCAUCCUCCCCAGUUUGUGGAGAAGCUGCAGAACAUGGGUAUUCCUGAGGGGACUCCGGUCAGGCUGGAGUGUCGGGUGGUGGGUAUGCCCCAUCCUGUCAUCUUCUGGAAGAAAGACAAUGACACCAUUCCUAAAACUAAGGACAGGAUUAGCAUGACCCAGGAUGCCACAGGAUACGUGUGUCUCCUCAUCCAACCAACAACAAAAGACGAUGCAGGCUGGUACACAGUGGCAGCAAAAAAUGAGGCUGGAAUUGUGUCUUGCACCUGCAGACUUGAUAUCUAUGCGCAGUGGCAUCAGAGCAUCCCUGCACCCAUGAAGAAAGCUCCACGCACGGGCAGCCGCUAUGCCGCUCUGACUGGACAGGGGCUUGACAUCAAAUCCGCUUUCCCCACAUCCGAGACGAACCCCAUCCUGUUCUCCAGCUCACCUCCCGAAGCCAUGUUGGAGAGUGAGGAGCUGUGAGCCGUCUGCAAACGCUCCAGCACGCUGACUCUGAGGUUCUCCCAGCAGGACGCGGUGUGUCUCUCUGAGGUCACAACAGUGGACGACAAGGAGGCGAAUGACUAUCUAUGCAGAUUGUCGUGUGAUACAUACAGUAUGAAGUGAUGCAUUCAGAGUAGAAUGGCAGAGAGUGAUUGUGGGUUUGUCACCAUUCCUAUUUGUUAGAGUCACAUGCAGGAAAAUGACAGAUUUUUUUUCCAAGUCUUAGCUCACGAGCCAUCAGUGGAGUUGAAUACUGUUCUCUGACAGGUUUGAAUGAUUCACAUUUGUUUUCUACAUUAUAUUUACAUAACUACAGUGAGGUGAGGUUGCUGCUGAAUGUUGCUCAUAACAUUUGUUCUUAAUAGUUAGUCCUGUUCUCUACGUGGAAGUAAAACCCACUCUUUUUUUUAUUGCAAAGUACAGACACACUGGCUUCAGAUCCCUUUCACUUUUUUUUUCUUGCACAUUUUGUUUUGUGGUAACACAAAGAAAACACAUGUUUAGAGAGUUAAUUCAUUCCACUUUGUCCUCCACAUGAAGGUCACAGGGAGCUGGAAUCAAUCCCAGCUGACAUACUGUAGGGUGAACGGUGAGGUACAUCGUGGACGGGUCACCAGUCCAUUGCAGGGCAAACAUAAACCAUUCACAUUCACACUUUACACUCGAUUUAGAGUCUUAUUAACCUCUGCAUGUUUUUGGACCCGGAGAAAACUCACAUUCACACAGGGAAAACCUAACAGAAAGGCCCAAACUGGCAACCUUCUUGCUGUAAGGUAACAGUGCUCAAUUCAGAUCCAAGACACUUCAGAAUCAGAAUCACUGUGACCACCUAAGACAAAUACUUCAUAUUUGUGAUAAAUAUAAAUCACCACUGUCUCAAAUUCUCAUUCUCCUGAUCCUGAUCCUGACCAGUUGUUCUGUCUUUCAAACCAGAUGAUGUUAGCCAGCUGAUAAACAGCGUCUGCUGUUCUCCUCCUCAAACAUAUUAGACGGUUUGUCUCAACAGACGAGAUUUUUUUUUUCUUCACAGCCUCCUGCUGCUGGAGCAUAAAUGCCUGCUAAAUAAUGUGUUGCUGCAGAGAGCUGCAAAAUUAAGGGGUGUAAAAUCUCUCUGAAGCUACUGUACCUGUACUGGUAGCUCUAGUUUCUUUAUUGUUUAUAUAUAAAGUAGUCAUAAGUUAUUGUUAAUAAUCAAAAAUAGUGUAUUAAGACAUUUAAAGGUGCCAUUUAAAUCAGUUCAGAGGAUUAUUUGUAUGUCACAGUUUUGCACCACGUUUUUUAUGUGCAUGCAUGCCGACAGCUGAUGAAGAUGCAAUAUUGUAUAAAAAAAAACACUGCAUCUGCUCACAGCCAUAGUUAUUAUAUUCUCCUAGAAGAGUUAGUUAAAGUCAUGGUUUGUAGUUAAAACACUGAAACACUUUAUUUUAUUUUAUUGCUUCCAGGUGAAUUUAACUUUGUAUUGACAAAGAUUGAUCUUUAAAUGAGUGAGAUUAGACGAAAAACUACUGAAACAAUUUGGAAUUAGACAAAUCUACACGUUAGAGGUUUUUCCUAGAGAGGUUUUUAUAGAGCAAUACAAGACUGUGAUUUGAUCAAUUGAAGUGUCAAGUGUGAAAACAUACUGGAGGUUGAAAGUAGAUCUCAGCUGACAGAGAGUUGCACAUUGUAAAAUAGUUUUGUCCUUCUCAGAAUAAAGUUAUAUUUAUUAAAA